AUGAAAAAUGUUGUGUUCGCUGCUCUCCGCUAUCGUCAAUCGUUGUCACGGUUAGCCAGGCUUCCCACUUUUCAAAGGUUCGAUUAUUGGGAUAUAAAUUAGUUUUCAUAUUUUUCAGUCCAACUUUGCAAACUAACUCGAGGAGUUUUUGCGUUGAAACAGCACAAGAAGUACCGAAUCCUGAUGAUGCUCUAAUAUUCAGGGGAGACUUUCGCGGCGUAGCAGCUGCAAAUUUCAAGGUUUAAAAAAUCAUUAGCUUUUGUGGUAAAUUUGAAGAAUUUAGCAAAAAGGAGUCAAUAACCCAGAGAUAACAUUGGCCAACGUACAACAAUCGUUGAAGAGGAACUACAGGGUUUCCGGAGAAACGAUUCUGGUGGAAGUCGUACAGAAACUUGAGCGAAAUGAUGGUUCGUUUUUUGGAAGUUGUUUUGAACCGAAAAAAAAACUUGGAUAGCAUGAUCAUUGAAGACUUUAAAAGCUUCAGCUAGAUUUUCUAAAUACUUUAAUGAUAGUUCAUUUUAUUUCUAAAACUUUUAGCCCCCCUAAUCUCGGCUCUGCGUUAUUCUCCCGACCGAUGGGUUCCACUUUUGCUUUCCGCCUGCGGAAGUCCUCUGUCCAACGUCCAAAAAUCGGCUCGCGAACAGAUUUUGGAUCGUUUAUGGGCCCAACUAAUCGAAAAAGGUUGCCGAUUCGAGCGAAUAACUGAAGAAUUGUGUAGAAAUCAAGUUGACGGCCGAAUCUUGGAAUGCGCGGCUGAACGCCAUGUUGGAGAACGAAUCCGUUUGGGAUCCGUGGAAGGAGUUGACUGAGAUGGAGAAAAGGUGAAAAUAAUUCCUUUUAGAGCCUUUUCAAACAAAAUAUGUGGAAAUUGUUGAAUUAAAAAAAUGGAAUUUGAGCGAAAUCGAACCAAAUAACGAAACUUUUUCUCCAUUUGACAACGAGAUUGGCGUAUUUGGGCGAUGUCGAAUCAUGUAGGAAAAAUGGUAAAAAAAUUAUUUAUUUUUUUCUAUAAUUUUUAAAAAUUUUUGUUGAAAGGUCUACGAAAUGGCGAAAAGGGGGAUACGUGGUGAGCGAAGACAUCAACGCGGCUUUGGUUUUCUGUUUCGCCGUGAGGGGUCAUCACGCCAAAGCCGAUUCUCUGGCAGAGGUCGGCGAUUUUUUUCCUUGAUUUUGUAUUGGAAUACAAAACGACUUUUUUUCAUUAUAAAUAAUGUUCAUGUUACGUUAAUCUACUUUAAUAGUCUAAAUUAGGUGCUCCGAAACUUUUUCGCCAGUUUUUUUUUUGGCUUUUUCAGUGUUCUAAAGCGUUAUGAGCUUGUUAGAAUGCUUUUUACUGCAACAACAAAUAUUUUUUUAAAAAAAGUUAAUAAGACUAAGGGUUUAUUUUUCGAAUAUAUAUUUAUCCCAAUUCUUUUUAUUUCUAAAAAAAUCUCUUCGGUUCACAAAAAGUUUUUUUAGCGCAUGAUUUGGAUCAAUAAAACUCAUUUCAAAGCUUUGAAUUUCCGUUUUGAAAACAAAAAAAUUCAACAACCUUUUUUUCCUCCACGAAAAAUUUUUUUAGAUCUUCUUUGAAAAAUUUUGUAAAAGUUUUCUUUUUGGCUCAGACUAUCAGCUGGAAAUUUCUUUUUUUAACCGUUUAUUGGUCUAAAAACUUUUUAAUUUUGAGUUUUAAGAACUCAUCGUGAAUCUUAUUAGCAGGCACAAGACAAGUACGGGGAUCGUGGGGUUCAGUUGGCCAAAGGAGCUUUGGUACGGGCUGCUGCGGCUCGUGGAGACACCGAUCGACUUCGACUGGUUUGUUUCAAUAUUUCAGAGAGCUUCGUUUUUAUUUAUUAAGCCUCAAACAUCAUUUUUGCAGGUUCUACGAAGAUCUGUAGACGUGAAGACGAAGAAGCUGACGCUGAAAAUUGAAGACACAAUGGAGACAAUUUGGCAACUUGCCGAAAAAAGUCGCGAUGGGACGGCUGUCGAAAGGACGGAGCUUGUUGAGCAGGUGGAAAAUGAAAAUUUUCAUCCCUUGACAGGAAAAAUCGAGUUUUUUCUGUUUUAUUUGGGAGAAAUCGAGUUUCUUUUUAUUCAAUUUAGGAAAAAAAAAAAUCUUGAUAACAGUUUUUUUGAGAAAUGUUUAUCUUCAACUAUUUUGAAAAAAAUUUUUCGUAAGUCAUUCCCCGGAUCCUCCCAUAUUUUAAAUGAAAAAAAAUUUUGGACGGUAUUUUUUUAUGGUGUGAAGGGAAUUUCAAGUUUUGCGAAAAAUUUCUGUUCAUUUGACCUUAAUUUUUUUCGAAGCCAAUCGAAUCAUUAUUUGAAAUCUCAUUCAGUUACUUUCAUUUCCUAAAAAAACACCUUCAAAAAAAUUUUUAUUAUCAUUCAUUUUUUUGUAUAUUUUUUUGACUAGAAAAAAAUCAGACGCUUUUGAAUUUCUACCAUACAAAAAUCCAUUCAUUAUUUUUUUGAAAAAAUUUUUAGAAAAAAAUUUCUAAUUUUUUUAUUUAACCGUGAGGUGCAGAGAUGAUGAAUUGACCAGUCAAAUCUUAAAUUUUUUAUCUGAAAAAAACUCUGAAGGCUGCAUUUUUUUAGAUGAUGUCUUGCACUGUCCGAGACGCUGGCUUCUUCCACAAGCUUUUCCGAGAAAUCGAACGACACAUUUCUCAUAGGUUCAUUCUUUAAUUGAAUUUUAUUGACUGGUUCUUCAGACAUUAUUACACGGCCAUCACGCUUCUGGAAGACACGAAAAGGAUUUCCGACUGUUUGAAAAACCAAAAUCGAAGCUGUCAGUUUUAGUUUGUCAUGAUUCUAUUAAAAAAAGCUUAAUUUCAAAAAAAGCGAAUUUUUAAAAAGUUGUUUAGAAAUUUUGAAAAAAGCAGAUUUUUCUUUCUUUCGCUGAUUCACGGCUGGUUUGAGCCAUUGAAAAAGGGUCCUGACACGAUGAAAAAAGAAAUAGCACCUACUUGGUGGAGAGCGCAGACAGGCCACGCCCCUUAGUGACCCAAGCUAGCCGUGAAUCGGCUACACCUCUCUUUUUGAAGUUUUUCGAAACCUGCUUGAAAAAAAAAUUUUCCUUUGGAUUUUCUUUGAUUUUCUAGUGUUUCUACAUCAGUUGGUCAGCCGAUUGGCGACACAGUUGAUCAGAAACGGGGAACCUAUGGAAAUCGUGAGAGACGUGGCGAAUCGGGUUCAUUACGCGUUCAAUGAGAAAGAGAGGUGAGUUUUAGAAAUCGGAAAAAAAAACGGAGAAUUUUCAAGGAUGUGACAAUGAGUGCAAAAUGACAAAAAAAAUGCGUUCUUUUUUCUGUUUCUGUUAACUUUUCUCAGCUUGAGCUGAUAAUUUAGAAAAAAAAGGGAAAAAUUCAAUUCAAGCUUGAGAAAAAUAGAAAAAAAGUAUUCAAAGUAAGAUCUGGAUUAUUCUUUUCCCUUUGUUGAGAUUUUUUUGAUAACUUUCUUAAUUUUUUUGAAUAUUCAAUAAAUUCGAUUUUGACAUUCAAAAAUAACUAGAAAAACUUCGUUCUGACCCUGAACAGGAAUAUUUGAAAAUACAAACUUUUUUUCAACGUCUUUUUCUUGCAGUUUUUUUCUAUUUUGUAAAAAGAAAAAAACAUGGUUUUUUUCAAUGCUUUCAGUCGACAUGAGCCGUUAAAAAAAGUAACAGUUUUAAAUAUUUUUGAAAAAAACCGCUCGAAGAAUUUGAUUUUUUUCACGUUAACAAAAAAAUGCUCUCAAACAUUAAUUAACACUACUUUUUACACAACAUAUUUUGAUUCAAGGUCAAGCUAAAAAAAGUUAAUUUAAAAAUUUAUUUGAAAAAAAUGUCUUCACUUAAUUUAUAUCAUUUUACCAAAAACUUAGAAGUGAACUACUUUCAGAAGGAUCCGACUUUACGACGAUUUGCUCUUCGCGGCGUUGAUGAUGAAGAAGUUGACGUGGGAAGAAAGAUUCGAUUAUUUGACAGCUUUCAUCGAUCAAGUCGACAGGAGACGGGAACGAGAACAUCUCAUUCUUCCCAUUUUGACGACGUUGGUUUUUUUCUCAGUCAUAUUGAGGCUAACUUAAGAAUCUUUCAAAUUUGAUUUUAGAAAAAAACGAUUCUGAAUUUUUUUUACUUUGAAGAAAGUUAUCAAAAUUUCUUCCCGUGGAGUCAGUCAGUAACAGGUUUCAGAAAUGCUUACAGUUCAGCAUCUUCAAGAGUUUACUUUAGGAACUUGAUGAGUUCUUAUUGUCCAUCUGAAACAGGAGUUUGAAAAAAAAACCUAAUUUUUCAAAAAUCGUAAACACUUUUUUUCUAUCUCCAUGUUAGAAGGCACUUGGAACACUUUCAAAAAUUUAACUUUUUGUAAAAAAAAAAGUUUUUUGUAGAUUACCUCUGUAAAGCGAAUACGCUCAUUUUUUUCUGCAUUUUAACGAAAAAAAUCCUAAUUUUUUUAGUUUCAGUUAUUGAAGUUUAAAGUAAUAAAUCAGAAAAAAAUAGUUGGGUGAAACGAAUAUUUUCCUUUUUUCUGAAUUUAUUCUCCAUUUUCUUCAAAUUGUAAGCUUGUGGCCACUAUAAUGGCUGCUUCAAAACGCGCCCGAAUCAAAGAGACUUACGCGCAUGGGCAUCAGAAAAUAUUGGAGCUAACUUUAUUUAUGCCAAACUUUAAUAAAAACGCGUCCUCCACGAUUUUAGAGAUCCCAAAAGACUAGGAAGAAACCAAAAUUGAGAAAAAGGUUUUCAAAUUUUUGAAAGUAUUUUUUUAGCAUUGAAGACGUCGAGGACCGUAUGCCUGUCCUCUACCGUUUUAUCAACCUCGGCUAUUCGAAUCUAUCAAAUCUUGACAUUGGAAUCCUUUCCGAACUCAUUUUGCAGCCUCUUUUCGGUUAUUUUCCCAUUCAACGUCCUUUUCUCAUCGUUUUUUCCAGACCAGCAAGGGUCCCGGAGAGAUAUGUCGCGGCUGGAUAAGUUGGGGAGGGUUUUGAAGGUGAGAAAAUGGAAAAAAGAAAUUUGGAAAAAAGAUACUUUUUAGAGUUACGGAGUGAAGGAGAAGUCUUUGUGGCUGAUCAUGCACGAUUGGUACAAGAGAAAAUUGGCGGAAGAACGGUAUAAAAGCAACGAAGAGGAGUGGGAGAAGCCCCAUGCCCGGGAUUUGAGAGGGUUCGUUCGACAGAAGAAAAAAAAUUUUUGGAAAAACCGUGGUCGCAUUUGGAAUGGCUCAGAGUGUCGCGGUUGAAUAGCGGCUGGAACCUCUUUCAAAGCAGACGUUAGAGCCAUUCCAAGUGCGUCCAUUAUUUUCCAGUUUAGGUUUACCUUAGUAAAGGAGUUUUUUUUAAAGCUUUGAACGCAGAAUUUCCCAUAAAAGAUAUUUUUUUAAAAAGUCGUUUUUCUUUUCGAAAUCGUAUUAGGAGCUUAUUUGAGAAACAUUUUUCAAUAAUUUUUUUAAAUUUUUUUAAAAAAUUCGCUUUAAUAAUGCAUUACAAAAAGCUCAGAAAUGUUCUAUUUGCGUUAUCGAGAUCCCAAUAAUUACGGUUUCACGUUCAAUUUAAUUAUUCGAGGUGUUGAAUCACAGCAAUCGAGGGAUGUUUAUGAUAACUUGAAAGAACCUGGAAACAGAUUUUUAAAAAAAGUAUGUGAAAAAAAGUUUUUUUCAAAUUUUUUUCAGUAGAGACCGGAUAUUUCAAACAGAAUAAAUAAUUUUUUUGAAUUUCGAGUAAGAGAUAUGUUUAUUUUGAAUUUUCUUAUCGAUCCAUUUUAAAUUCAGACAUUUCUUCCGAUAGAAACAUAGCUCGAACAGUUUUUAUUGAAUUCUUAAUGUAUUGCACGAACAAGAAAUAUUUAAAAAAAAUGCUCAAUCAUUAGGUGACAUAACUGUUUCACUUCAACAUGAAAAUGUUUCAAAAAACAACCUCGUACAAUUUUCGAGGUAAGGUUUAAUCCAAAUGUUGCCAUGCUUAUGAUUUCGAGACAUCGGAAACUGCCAAGCCUUAAAAUCUAAAAUAUUUUUCUUGUUUUCUAGGUUUUUUGGCUAUUCCGAGACGAUUUCAUUGUUUUCUUACGUCAGAAAACAAUGAAAUCCUUCAAAAAAUCAUAUUUUUCGUCUCCAGAUGGUGCCGUGCCUACUAUUCCGAGACAUUUGAAACUCCCAAGCCCACAGCCAAGCCGCCAGUUCGAAUCUCCUAUGAGAAGCUGAAGUCUCUUGUUGAGCAAAAGGUCGCGAAAUCAUAUAUGUUCCGAAGAAAUUCGAUAAUUUUCUUCAGGAGACCAUGAAAUUGACCGCAGUGUUAUCUGGUGGCGGCUGGCCUCCCGACACGGAUUUCGAGGAGAUCGUUCCCAGUAUCCUUUCUUUGUACUUGGAGCACGAGAGCUGGAACAACGUCACUCAAAUACUCGCGUCUUUGUGAGUUUCCUCUUAAGGGAUCGGGGAAAGUUGGAAAGAUCUUAUAUGAAAGAUUGAACUUCUUUUAUGAAAGAAAACGAGUCAAAGGUUAAGUUAGGCGGUUCAAAUUUUCAAGCGCGGUGACGUCAUUCAUAAAUGCUCUGUGUGGUGCUCGUUCUCUGAUUGGCUUGUCGCAAGGUUAGGGGCGGAACUUCAGUAAUGCCUUGAAAUUUAAGAUCUGAACAGAUUAUAGUUCUCGACGUGACUCAACUGCUCGUAUUUUCCGAAGUUUCCUCUUAAGGGAAUAAUUUUUUUUAAAAAGGCAGAGACAAACUUUUUUUUUGAAUUUUUUUUACCUUAUCAAUCAGAUUUGAGCGUAUUUGUAGCACAAAAUUUGCUUGCAAGGCUAAAAACGAAUUUCUAACAUUCACACGCAAUUUUUUUUAUCAUUCUAAGAAAGCCUUCUUGAUGAUUCCCGAUUUUAAAACAAUGGCUGAUAUUGGCAAGCGUCUUCAGAAAUAUUUGACGAACAUUGAUAAAUUCGCCGUUUUUUUUUUUGAGUUGUUUAGUAUUCCUAAUUGAGCUCAAUACUCUUGUAUGUCUAUUUUUCAUCGCUCUUAUUCAAAAAUUGAACUAAUAACUCCAGAUCUUCAAUAUCUCGUCAUUCCUCUGUGCAGUGGGAAACGGACGCUUCGAAAACUCCGGUCAAAAAUUAUCAUCUUCUCAGUAUCUUAUUAAGGUUCAAAAAAAAAAGUUUAAUUUUUCACGGAAAAUUUCCUCAGAUCCGUCCAAGAAGACAAGGAGUUCAACGUGCGUAAAUUGACAGAUUUCGCUUAUGAGUUGAGAAAUUUGUUCCCUUUCGGUUGGUUCAAAAUCAUGAUUUCGAAACUUAUUUUUUUUCCAGCAACUUCUCAUUAUGGCGGAUUUUUUGAGACACAGUACGAGUACAAUAAAUUAUUUUCGAGAUGUUUCGAGGUUUGUUUGGGAAAAAAAAAUUGAGUCGCGUUUCAUUUUCAGCAAUGAUUUCCCUCUAGGGAUCACUUCCUAAUGAUUUCUCUCUAGGAAUCGAUUUACCUCCUCCUUUAAGGGCCACUAGAGCUUUCAAAAGUGGUCCCUAUAGGGAUAUCACUCUCUAAGGGACAUGCUAGUCUAUUGUUAUAAAAUAUAACAGAAAAAGCAUCUCCUGUUCAAUUUUAUUCAAAACUCAACAAAAAAAAAAUCAAAAGGCCCUAUAGGGACCACUUGAGCUUUAAGGGCUUAAAAGCCAGACUUUGAAAUAGGGACCACCUAAAUUUUACCCCUAUAUGAGUCAUUGUUUGUCCCCGGUAGGGGCUGCUUCUUCUUCUAACCUCUAUAGGGACCACUCUGGCGUUCCUAAGCAAUUCAGUUGUAAAAUAGCACAAAUACAACUUUUUUUAAUAUAGAAGGAGGACAAGAUAAAACUGGAUACCUACCAAACUUUUUGCGAAAUUUUACUUUCAAUCUAAAAUUGCUAGUCGAUUUGUACCCGAAAAUCAUCAAUAAAAAGUGCAUUUAAUGUUCCACAAGGUUGUAAAUUUGAAUAAAAAAACUUUAAAAAAAUUUUUGACGAAUGACGUUUUUUUGAAGUAGCGGAUGUUCAUUUGAAAUUAAAAAAACAAGGAAUUCUCUACUUCAUUUUUUUCAAAUUCAUAAAAAAAGGGUUUCCAAUUAUUCAAACUUAUUUUUUUCAAAAAAAUAAGUCGCUUUUUUUAUUUUUUUCAUUAAUGAUAGAGGAUAGAGGAGCAAAAAAAGAACAGGACCACUGAAAAAAAUAAAUAUUUAAUUUUUUUAUUAAAUUUCAAUUUGAAACCGCAACACAAUUUUUUUGACGCUAAUUUUAAGUGAAAUCUCAAAAAAAUCUUCCACACUUUUUUUUUGCAAAAAUUUGGUUUAUGAAAUCAGUUUCCUCGGGUUUUUUUCUUUUUGAAAUUCAUUUGAAACAGGAACCUUAUUCUUCGACAAUAAUUUUUUUAAAUGUGAUCCCAAAGUUUUUUUCUUUUUUUCGAAAUAACCAAUACAAGGUUGAAAUUAUUUUGAAAAAUAAAAAAAGAUAAUUUGUAGUUUUUUUCUUUUUCCGGCUAGUCUUGACAUAUGCAUUUCUGAUUCAAAUAUUCCUAGAGGCUUGAAGGACACCGGGUUACUGUAGAAUCGAUCGAUGAACUUAUCGAUUUUCUGCGCUCCCUCGUCAAGUUGGACAUGAUCCAAUUGCACCAGAGCGAAACCCUCACCGUCACUUUUGUCCACAUGGUUUUGAGAAAGUUAGUUUUUAUAUUGAUCAUGUCAAUCAAAAUAUUAAUUAAGGUUCGGCUGGGAUGAAGCCUUGAAUACCUGGCAAAAAUUCCUUUCCGGACUACAUUGUUCGAAUGGAAUGGUUGCUCUGCUGAGAAAUUGCCUGACUUCGAAUAGGGAGGACGGCAAAAAGGAUGUCCAGUAUGGUUAGUUAUAGUCCCUUUUCUCUGCACCCUCCUCGUCUCUCGCCUUUACCUGCUAUUUUCGUGUUUCUCUGACCUCGCAUGUGAGGAAACAAAGAGACGCAGAGAUUAGAGAGCUGAAAAGUUAGGAAAAACGGACUAAACUAUAAGAAGGAGGGAAAAAAUUAGAUGUAUGAUUUUUUUGCUUCUCUCUUUCUCUCGACAACUCUCUCAUCAUCACGUGCUGUUUUUUGGUUUCUCUGUUCUCGCUGGUGAGAUGGAAGAGACGCAGAGAAACCAGACCUUGUAUAGUGUCGAAUAUACGGAUAUUGAGGACAAUUCAAAAUCUACUUUUGAAAUUUCAUUAUUUUAAAUGAAAAAUUCACAAAAUCUAAAAAUGUAUAGUUUCCACCACGAUGCUUACCGUUCUCCUAAAAAUAAAAUUCAAAGUUCCACUUCCAAAAAAUAUCCUUGUAUUCUAUCGAUUCCAAAAAAUAUUCCAGUCCUCCACCGAGCCGCGACUUUCAUGUCGAAAUCCCGAGUUAAUUGUCUCUACGCCGCCGUCCUUCUACUCUCGAAUCGGGCCCAAGAAGCUGAAGGUUUUUGCGUUCAGAAUGAAGUUUGAAAGUUUUAUAAAAGAAAAACUGAAAUAUUAUCUUAGGAAUCGGUGGAUCCGCAGGAUUGCGUGAUGGUCAUGCGGCUGAUGAACUCGUUGAGGUCGAGAAAAAGUGAGUAAAGGCAAAUUAUGAAUAUUUGUCGAAAAUCUUCAUUCAAACUUGCUCAUCUUUCUGUUUAUAAAAACUCCUUGUUUAAAUCUACUGAUUCUUGAAAUUUGGGACAAAGGAGCGAUUACCAUAGUUUUUCAAUUUUAGCAUUUUUUCUUUAGAACAUGAAAAAUAAAUAUUUCAAAAAUCCUCUCUAUAGAAGCGGAAUUCUGCGUCUUAGUGGCCAGCAUAGUAGUUUUUUUGUAGACUCGUAGUACCGUAAACUUCCAAAGAGUUCAUUUAAUUUUAGCCGUCAAAACUCUCCAGUGGCCGCUAAUAAUUUUUUCAGUACAUUGACAAUUUUGCAAAAAUCCAAUUUUUCUUGGCUCAUGCAUUUGAAAAAAAAGCUUUGAAAAUUCCUGAAAUGCGAUGUCGCGCCGAGGAAAAUGCGAUAUCGCACCAAAUUUUGUAGUUGGCGCGCCUAAAAAGCAGCACUUCUGCGAAAUCGUCAAUGCACCGCCAGCGACAUCGUUUUUCCCCCAAAAAUGUCCUUAGUGAACUUUUGCUUUUUCCAGUUUGACGAACAGUUUAUGCUCGAUUUUGCUUCGUUGUGCCUUCGAAAGUUGAAACUCGCCGAAAACAAAGAAGUCGCGCAGAUGAUGCAAGUCGAUCUGCUGAGGAUAUGUGGUUUGGAUGGAAAUCCUGGAAACUUCUGAAGGAAGCAUGAAUUUUCAGACAGUCGGCACAUGGGCCCAACUGCUCUGAGGGUCUACGAACUUUUUGCCGAUUAUGGGGUCGAACUUGGCGUCGAGGAAAGAAAUCGGCUCUCGGCGGCCAUUGAGAAACAUGGAAACUUGGCCAGGUUCGUGUAUUUUCACCAUUUGAUUUGAGGGAUAGAAGAGAAUGAAAUUGACUUCGAGUUAUAACAAAAAGAUAUUGGAAAAUUAUUUCUACAGAGAGUAAAAGAACAUAUUUAUUAGUUGAAGUCCCAACUUCUACCCGUUUUCAACACUCGAUUAAGCGGUGAACUCACUUUACCUAAAAAUGCGUUUUUCAAAAAUUUCGUAUUGAUGAGGCCAGUCAAAAAUCCAAAAUUUCUUUUUUGAAACUUUGAGGAUUCUUUCUCCGAAACGCGAUCUAUCUUGGGUACCCCAGACUCCUCUAGAGACCACCUACCUCCCCCUGAAGUGACCAGUUUUGCAGGCUUUAGUGCCACCAAUAGGGUUUUAGUCAGUAGCCUAGAAACGCGUCUUUUCAGGGGCCACUUAAGCUUUCUGGGCCGAAGGAUCAGUCCCCUCACCCCUAUAAGGACCAUCUUCACUUUACCCCUAGAGGGUCCAUUUUAGAGCUUGUUUUGACCCUAACCCCUCUAGCGACAAAGAUGGCAUUCUUAAGUGUCAAGAAGAUUAAUGAUUUCCAGACGCUGGAUGUUCGCCCCAGAAGGAUUCCUCAAACUAUCCGCCACUGAUGAAAUAAUAACAGAAAGCGAGGAAUCGAAAAUAGAAGAACGACUCAAAAAUGACUCAAUUAAGCUCGAAACUCAUACGUGA